AGAGAGAGUGGAGAAGAAGAAAAGAAUUGCGAUCAAAGAAAAUUAGACAUCUUUCUUCCAACGUUUUCACAUUACAAAACACAAACCAAAAGAUAAAGAAAACAAGAAAUAUUUUUUCUUCGAUCUGAAAAAGUGAAAGCUUCUUCUAAAAUCACAAAACAAAAUCUUUUGCUUUAAAGAUCGUUUGGUGAUUUUGUUUUUUGUUUUUUUUUUACUAGUUCUUCUUGAUUCUUUCAUAUGGAUGGACAUCAGCAUCAUCACCUUCACCAGCUUCAAUAUCUCAACAAGCAUCAUCUUCAUCAUCCUCAAUCGCAAACGCCGGAAAUAGCGUCUCCGGUAGCGGUUGGGGAUAGGUUUCCACAGUGGAGCGUUGAAGAGACAAAAGAGUUGAUAGGGAUAAGAGGAGAGCUAGAUCAGACUUUCAUGGAGACAAAACGGAACAAGCUUCUUUGGGAAGUUAUCUCUAACAAGAUGAGAGACAAAAGCUUUCCUCGUAGCCCUGAACAGUGCAAAUGCAAGUGGAAGAACCUCGUCACUCGUUUUAAGGGAUGUGAGACAAUGGAGGCAGAGACAGCGAGACAACAGUUCCCUUUUUAUGAUGAUAUGCAAAUUAUAUUUACCACUAGAAUGCAGAGAAUGCUAUGGGCUGAAUCCGAGGGAGGAGGAGGGGGAACAAGCGGGACAGCGAGAAAGAGAGAGUAUUCUUCAGAAGAGGAUCAAGAAGAGAAUGUGAAUGAAGAGCUACUAGAUGUUAGCAACGACCCGAAAAUCCUAAACCCGAAAAAGAACAUUGCAAAGAAGCGAAAAGGCGGUAGUAAUAGUAGUAGUAUCAAUAUUGGUGUAAGAGAAGUGUUGGAAGAGUUUAUGAGACAUCAAGUGAGAAUGGAGAGCGAGUGGAGAGAAGUAUGGGAAGCGAGGGAGAAGGAAAGAGCAGAGAAAGAAGAAGAAUGGAGAAGGAAGAUGGAGGAGCUUGAGAAGGAGAGGUUGGCAAUGGAGCGGAUGUGGCGGGAUAGAGAGGAGCAACGGCGGUCGAGGGAGGAGAUGAGAGCAGAGAAGAGGGAUUCACUUAUCAAUGCAUUGCUUGCUAAGCUUACUAGAGAUGGUUCCCUCUAAUCUUUUAUCAGAUUUUCUUAACCUAAAUUAAAUUGUUCUUAUAUGCUUGUUUGGGGUGUAGUGUAGGUACAAUUAUUUGGUGGGGGAAGAGAAUAUCUAUGGCAAAGCUCAACACUCAUAUAUUGAUUGAUAUGAUGGCAUAUUUGAGUUUGAGUGAGGCUUUAGUUAUAUAUCAACCCCACAUUAUUCUUCCUGGUUUAUAUUUUGGUGAGCCAAAUUCUUAUAGCAUAUCAUUUAAUCUUAGUAGUAUAAUGGUUUU